AUCGCCCUAUCGGAUUGCUUACUGGAAAUUAAAUCAUGGCUCUCACUCAACUUUCUUAAACUCAACGGCGAAAAAACUGAGGUCCUCCUCAUUGGUACCAGAUCUACCCUAGCAACACUCAACACUUUCUCCAUGUCCAUCGACAAUUCCACUGUUCCUACAUCGCAUCAGGUAAAGAGCCUGGGUGUUAUCCUGGACAGCACAUUAUCUUUCGAAGCCCACAUCAAUAACGUUACUCGGACUGCAUACUUCCAUCUACGGAACAUCAACCGUCUCCGUCCCUCACUUUCACCAACCUGCACCGCUAUCCUGGUAAACACCCUGAUCACAUCCCGUCUGGACUACUGUAACGCUCUCCUCUUUGGUCUUCCGCGGAAAUCUCUUCACAAACUCCAGCUGGUACAGAACGCAGCCGCCUGUAUCAUUACCAGAACCCCCUCUAUUGAACACAUCACUCCUUCCCUGCAGCAACUUCAUUGGCUUCCUAUCAAAUCCCGCAUUGACUUUAAGAUUCUACUCCUCACUUACAAGAUCCUUCACAACCUGGCACCAUCAUAUCUCUCGGAACUUAUUCACAUCUACACACCCUCCCGAACUCUCCGAUCCUCCUCCGCCAACCAGCUCUUUGCCCCAUCUGCCAACUUAACUACCAUGGGGUCAAGAGCUUUCAGCCGAUUUGCCCCCCGCCUUUGGAACUCUCUCCCACCAGACAUUUGCACUUCGGACUCUGUUUCCACCUUUAAAUCCCGCCUGAAAACGCAUCUAUUCAGAGUGGCA